UACACUUUUUGGGCUAAAAUAUUGAGAUUUUUAACCCCCUUUAGCUCCUCCAGAGCUGGACACUGUAAACUGACGGACGGAACGUUUUCUUGGGCGCCGCGUGGUUCCGGGCGGAGGGGGUUGAUGGUGACACUCCGUCCGUUGAGACGGGGGGUUGCUGAAAUCCCGCCGCCGGGUUUAUAUUACCCGCUGUUAAAAUCUGAAGAAUGAGCGUGUCAGACGUGGAGCCGCUGGUUCGCGGCGGUUACCGCUGCUUAUUGUGUGAUGUUCGGGUCCCCAACAGUCCCAGUUUAAAUGAUCAUCUCAAAGGAAAGAAACAUCAAAAACUGCUGAGUGUAAGAAGUUGCAGAAAAUCCCAGCAAGAGAAGAGUUUGUUUGUAAGUGGUUUCCAUAAAGGCACAUCUAAUCUGGAAAUCACUGACUACUUUCAAAACUUUGGCACGGUGGCAAACGUGAUAAUGGACAAAGACAAAGGUUUAUAUGCAAUUAUAGAAAUGGGUGAUACUGAGGAAGUGGAAAAAGUGCUGUCUAUUACACAGCACUGCAUGAAUGGUCAAAAACUACGAGUAAAGCACAAAGAGACUAAGGAGUUCAAAUAUAUUCCAAAACGGAAGCAAAUCCCUGGGAAAAAACAGUGGAUUGAUUUUGAAGAGCUGACACAGGGUCUCUGUCAAGCAGUUGAUGUAGAUGAACAAAUGAAGCAGUUGCUACAGUUGUUUGAGCUUACAGAAAGUGAAAAAACGCUUAGGGAAUUGAUUGUGUCACUUUUACAAGAGGUCUUCUUAGAAUUUUUCCCAAGUUGUAGAAUCUUACCCUUUGGAUCAUCGGUGAAUGCAUUUGGUAUCCAUGGCUGUGACAUGGAUUUGUUUCUGGAUCUCGAAAACACCAAGGCUUUCCAGGCACAUGCUAGAAGCAAAGUUGAAACUGAAGAGGUUAAUGGAAUUAAAGAGGAUGCUCAGUUUGAAACACAAUCUGAAGAUUCGAUCUUGUCUGACAUAGACCUGGGAACAUCAACUACAGCUGAGGUGCUUCAACUUGUAGCAACUGUCUUGCAGAAAUGUGUUCCAGGAAUACACAAAGUUCAGGCUGUCACCACUGCUAGGCUACCUGUGGUGAAAUUUAUCCAUAAGGAAUCGGGCUUGCAAGGAGACAUUUCUAUUAAUAAUAGGUUGGCUGUACGUAACACACAGUUCCUUCAAUUAUGUGCAUCAUUGGAUCAAAGAGUGAGACCCCUUGUCUAUGCUGUUCGCUAUUGGGCAAAACAAAAGCAACUAGCUGGAAAUCCUUUUGGAGGAGGGCCAUUAAUGAAUAAUUAUGCAGUGACUCUCUUGGUUGUGUUCUUCCUUCAGAACAGGACACCACCAGUUCUCCCAACUGUGAACCAUUUAAAAGAACUUGCAGAUGAGGAUGACCAAUGUGUAAUUGAUGGCUGGGACUGUACUUUUCCAAGUAAUCAGUCUAAAGUGGAACCCAGUCCAAAUUCUGAAGGAUUAUGUGGGCUUCUUGCAGAGUUCUACAAAUUUUAUUCACAGUUUGACUUUGCUGGAACGGUAAUAUCGCUGAGUGAAGGUAAAGCUCAUCUUGUGACUGACUUCAUUGGUCCCGAAUCAGAAACAAAUCUCCGACUUGGACCAAUUAAUAUCCAGGAUCCGUUUGAGCUGAGUCACAAUAUUUCUGGAAACAUUAAUGAAAGGACAGGACAAAAGUUUAAGCGACAAUUGGAUGAAGCCUUCAAGUACUGUCGUAGUCUGCAGUAUCAGAGAAAGUCAAACAAAGGGAAGAUCUGGGGCAUUGUCAGAUUGUUUCAACCUCUAAAUAGUACCGACUGUUCCCCAGCACAUUCUCCAGAAGUGGAUUGUAGUCCAGUCAAAGAGUUGAACCAUAGUGGGAAUGUGUUGACUAUUCCUUUCAAAUUAUCUUGCCUCUCAGAGCAAACAAGGGAGAAGUUGCAUGGAUCUUCAGAUUUCAGGGAAAUUUGGUUUAACAAGGUAUGUCAUGCUGUCCUGUAUGUGAUGGAGACUAUUCUUCAAUGUGGUUGUACAUGCACUGAGGGAAGUGGUGUGCGAAUUGAUGAUAUAAAGAUCAGUAGCUUUGAUGGAUGUAGGAAUGACAGUGACAAUGAAGACAACAUUGGAUUGAAGAGAAAACAUCCUGCCGAGGAAAUACCUGAAAUAUCGAGCACGAAGAAAGCAAGAAUUGAAACUGUACAAUACCGGCGAAAAGUGACCUGGCAUUGUGAAGUUUGGAGCAGAGUAUGGGUCGGGCGGAGAAAAAUGAGACGUCAGCUCCAUUUUAGAACAACUGAACCUGAUGCAAAUACAGGUGAGGUGGUCAAUUCCUUAGAAAUUGAAGAAAAGGUUAGUGCAGCUAUAUUGCAGCAGGAGGGACGUGGGGAUAAAUCCAGCCCAUUAAUAACGUUUACACUCUGUGCCUUCCUGGUUGGUGGUAAUGAAGACACAAGGACGAUGAUCAGAGUCACCCCCAUUCAACACACUACUUUAUUUCCAGAAUUCUUUCAUUUUCUAGAAUCCUUUGUUCCCAAGAUGACUGAAAAAUGCUUUGAAAAAUCUGAGUAAAACACCAAGGUUGUUACAUUGAUUUGACUUCAGUUGAAAGACUUUUUUUUUCCUUAAAACAGUGAAUUGAGUUCUGAAAUAUUAACUGAAAAAAUUACUCUGAAUUGGACAAAGAAGUUUGUUUUUUUUGAAAACUUUAAAUAAAUCUGAGCAGGAAUGUAUUUUUAUAUAAAUAGUAUAACUAUUAAUUCCAGGUUCAAAAUAAAUACCUUUAUUAGAUACAAAUACAGUGAAUGUAACACUGACGAAGCUUCUUAUUAAGCCAAUUUCCUGUAGAAAAAAUGGCAUGUGCCUUCUGUUUGUAUAGUGAGCAUUUGUUAACUGUAUUUAGCUAGUGAGAAAUCCAGUAGACAUGUUUCCUGUAAUUCAGAUAAAUACUGGAUUUCAAAA